AUGGCUCCCUCUCUGCAUGCUCACUCGUCCUUCACGCGCCCUCGCACCGGGGAUCGCGAGGGCCGUCCCACCACCCGGGACCAGGGCGACAACAACCUCAUCAUCCCCAGCCGUACCUCUUCUCUUCACUCUCGCAUCACCCAGCCGAUUCCUUCCACCCUCAACGUCAAGACCCAGCAGCGCACCCCCAAGACACUGACCCAUGCCUACAUGGUCUGUGGUGUUGGCCGAGAGCCCUCGCAAUGGGUCAAGGCACCUGCGCCCGCCCAGGGCAAGAUUGGCCACAUGAAGGGUGCCGUUGGCCAAUUCUGGCUCCCUGAGAUUCUCGGCAGCAGCCCCAGGCUGGAGCAAGACAACGAGAUUGCCAGGGCCCUGCACGCUGCUAUGCGGGCGUGCUUCCCUCACGAUGUUGAGAUUUGCACUGGUCGCAGCCAGCCUCACUGCGUCCACCACGCGUUCGUUUUGCAGCAGGACUCGUCCCACACCCUCUACGGCAUCAGUCUCCGCGUGUGGUCCCGCGCCGACGACAAGAGGGCCGAGACGAUUCGUGACCUGCGGAAGAGGACCGAGUCCGACUUUUACGACAACCCCGACGAGACGUACUGGAUUCCCUACUGCCUGUCCUUCCUCUCCCGUUACCCGCUGUACAAUCUGUUGGGCGACUAUCUUCGGGGCAUGUGGAUUCACUGGAACAAGGCCACUAACCUGUUCCACGCCGAGGAGAACUUUGCCAUAUGGCCCCUGUUCUGCUGUCUCUCGAUUCCCAACAUUGUCGGCGUCAUUGAGGCCGCCAUCUCCCCCCACCCGCCGCAUCAUCUUUGUGAGCCACUACCCGGCCAUGCUGCUGACCAUGGCCGCCGAGACGGUACAAAUACUGCGUCCGUGUCUACGAGUGGAGCGGCCUCUACGUCCGCCGUCGUUCACGCUCGUCACGCCAAGGAGCUCGUUCGGGAACCGGGCCCCUACAUCCUGGGCAUCACUGCCGAGUGCAGGUCGCUUUUCACGGCGCCCACGGACGCUCUGGUCGUCGACCUCGACCGCAACUUUGUCCUCACCUCGAGCCCGCCCACCGCGCUGAGCCCCGGUCAGCGCAACAAAUUCGUCACCCGCCUGACCCAGUCCCUCAAUGGCGAUGUCACCCCGUCUGGUGUGCCCCAGCAUCUCCGCUCCGCCUACGGUGGAGGCAAACUCAUCCCCGCCGGCCAGAUUAUCGUCAUGCGCGGUGAAGUCGAGUCUAUCCAGGACCCCGAGUGGUGGAGCCAGGAUGCUGUCAUGUCCGUCAUGGACCACGUCUGUGAAAAGAUGGGCCGCAACACCGGCCUCAAGGCGGUCUUUGGUGGCGCCGUGAAGAAGCCGCUGAUGACCAAGGUUUCGAUGAGGCACCUCAACGAGAUUGUCCGCGAGAGGAACCAAUACUCUCGCGACGCCCUCGAGGCGUGGCAGGACUUCAUCAACCUCAAGGGCCGCAUGGACACGGAGCUCAGCAAGGUCACCAAGCGCAACAACUACCUUGUGGAGGAACUGGAGAGCUGGAAGCAGCAGUUCCUCAAGUUCCAGGCCUUUGCUGAACAGCUCACCAAGGAGACGCAAGAUCUCAAGACCAAGAUUGAGAACCACAAGAGGGAGAACCGCAGGCUCGGCGGUCUCAUCGAUCAGCAGAAGGAUGAUAAUGCUCGCCUCUCUGUUCGUCUCGCCGGCACGGAGAAGCAGCGUGAUGACGCUCUUGAGGCCCUGGUCCUCCAGCAGGAGAUUGCCGAGGAGCUCGAGCGCGAGCGCAAGCGCAACAAGAAGGAGCUUUCCGCGCUCCAGCACACCAACAUGACAAUCCUGCGACAGCGUGACGAGGCUCGCAGGGUGGUCCUUCACCUCCGCAGUCUCAUUGGCGGCCAGAGCCACCACAUGGAGCACCUCGUCCGCUCGCUGACGAAGCCCGAGGAGAUCACCUCGGAGCUUGAGGACGGUUUCGAGAACGACGAGGAUGUCGAACUCCAGCAGGGCGAGGUGCCCAGCGAGCGCCUUUCGCCUGAAGCCGAGAACAACCUGAGGAGUGCUGCCCGCGCCAACAAGAGGAUGUCUUCGUCCAGCUUCAUUGACGUGGCUGAUCGUCACCUGAAGGACAAGACGGAUGCCAUCGCGCACAUCAUCCGCAACAUUGCAGAGCAGUGCCAAGCUGCCGUCGAGGGUCUGUCUCUGGCGCAAGAUGCCGAGCUCGACGAGCGUGCCCGCCUCGCCGCCGCCCACCGCAGGCACAGCAACCUGUCGGUGGCGGCCAGCGAUGACGGCCACGACAGCCACUCCAACGCCACAGCGUCGGAGCUCGGCGACGACAGCCUCCUGCAGCCUGCCUCGGGUCGCACGUCGAGCAUCCCGCCAACGCCCGAUCUGGUGCCGAACCGCAGCAGCACGGCCAUGUCGUUCGCCUCGACGGCGACGACGCCCGAGCGGUCGAGCCAGCAGUACAUGAUCCACCAAGACAUCCCCACCAAGAUUGUCGAGGAUGACGGCGAGGACCUCGAGGAGGGCCGCAGCGAGUCGGACACGGCGCCUCAGGAGCGCGGCCUUGUCGGCAAGCACGCCAGCAGCCUCAUCCACAGGCCAUCUGGGGCUCGCAUCAGCGCUCUGGGGGGCUCGCGCUAA